CGCAAUUGUUAUUCUGCUAAUUUCCUGCCUCAUGGUUGUGGCUCUAUUGCAGCAAUUGAGCUUCUUCUUCGUCAUCCUCCUUCCAUCUUGGCUUUGUUCUUCAACCAGGGCUCCUUCAAUUUGUAAGUGUCAUUCUUACACAGCGACUGGUCACACACCAAAGGCAGUAAAUGAUAUGAGCUUAUCAAGUGGAUCGACUUCCCUGUAAAUCUUGCCUCUGCUUCUCUCGUUAAGUGAGCUAAACUUAUCCUCUAUAAAGGUUUAUUCUUAUUUGGAUGGCAACGGCUCUCUCUUCUGUACAAGCCACACUUUUCUCUGGGGCCUCACUGCUUUGUCGAAGUGAUACUCUAAGAAGCUUCACAUUUUGUUUACCUUUCUCAUCAAUAGCUAGUUCUGUUUCUACUAACAACUUUUCACGAAAGAAAUGGAAGCGGCCAGUUGUCUCAGUGUUGGAGCUUGGUGGUGUCAAGGUUUCUAGGGAAGAUGUGGUAAAGGAUGAUCCUACAAAUAAUGUGCCAGACACCAUAUUUUCAAAACUUGGGUUGCAACUUCACAGGAGAGAUCAACACCCACUUGGGAUACUGAAGAAUGCCAUAUAUGAAUACUUUGAUUCCAAUUAUUCAAACAAGUUCGAUAAGCUUGAUGAUCUUUGUCCCAUUGUUUCAGUGAAGGAGAAUUUUGAUGAUGUCUUGGUUCCUGAGGAUCAUGUGAGUAGGAGUUAUAACGAUACAUACUACAUAGACCCUCUAACUGUUCUAAGGUGCCAUACAAGUGCUCAUCAGGCAGAGUUAUUGAGAAGAGGAUACACUCAUUUCCUUGUUACAGGAGAUGUAUAUCGAAGAGAUUCAAUUGAUUCAACUCAUUACCCUGUCUUCCAUCAGAUGGAAGGCUUCCGGGUUUUUGUUCCAGAUGAAUGGGAACCAUCAGGAAUGGAUGCCACUUCCUAUGCAGCAGCCGACUUAAAGAAAUGCCUUGAGGGGCUAGCACGCCAUUUAUUUGGUGCAGUGGAAAUGCGUUGGGUGGACACUUAUUUCCCGUUUACUAAUCCAUCAUUUGAACUUGAGAUAUAUUUUCAGGAAAAGUGGUUAGAAGUUUUAGGCUGUGGGGUGACAGAGCAAGAAAUUCUAAAUAGAAAUGGUCAAGCAAAUAAUGUUGCUUGGGCUUUUGGCCUAGGAUUGGAGAGGUUAGCUAUGGUUCUUUUUGACAUACCAGAUAUACGUCUCUUUUGGUCAUCUGAUGAGAGAUUUACCUCCCAGUUCUCGAAAGGCCAGUUAGGAGUCAAGUUUAAGCCUUUUUCAAAGUAUCCUCCUUGUUACAAGGACAUGAGUUUGUGGAUCAAUGAGUCGUUUACUGAAAACAAUCUUUGUGAAGUUGUCAGAAGCGUUGCCGGAGAUCUUGUAGAGGAGGUGAAAUUAAUAGACAAUUUCACCAACAAGAAAGGAAUGACCAGCCACUGCUAUAGGAUUGCCUAUAGGUCGAUGGAACGGUCUCUUACCGAUGAAGAAAUCAACGACCUCCAGUGGAAGGUUAGAGAACUGGCGGAGAACAAACUGAAAGUUACCCUGAGAUGAACACUUCGACUUGCUUAACCUCAGAAAUCUAUUUGUGUUAUCAAAUUGGUUGAUGUACAGAUGCAACGCCUCCUCCAACAGUAUUGAAUAAUGAGAUUUUGAAGUCAGAUCAAUUUAGUGACAGUUAGGUUUCGAAUUUUUGUUGAAAGAUGAGUUACAGUUGAAGACAAGCAAACAUGGGAGGCUCUUGGUGAUUUGCAUGUAGGACUCUCAUAUUUGCAGUUGUCUGAAUUGAUAUUUGUAAUUCAUCUUGCAAAAAUUUUUAAAACUUAACUGUCAUUAAAUGAAAUUCUUGGGACCUAUAUUUAUUUGAUUUUCUACGGUGACCUGAUAGUAAGCUAGCUGGUCAUGGCUAGCUGACCGAACAGAUUGUAAAUGGAUGUAUAAUGAUCAGGUUAAGGAUCUUAUAGACAUGUAAGAUGGUCAACUUUUGCCCAUUAGAAUUACUUUUAAACUAUUUCAAUUUUGGUAUCUAGAAAAUAAGAAUUUUGAGAGUAAUUAAAUGACUGAAAUAUUGUGAGCGCUUGAACAUUUUAUAUAAUUUACUACACUUAUUAUAUACAUAGAAAUCUUAAGGAUA